UUCUAUUUCCAGCCGAGCCUCCUUUCACUCUCUCUCUCUCUCUCUUUCUGUUACGUGCUGCAGACAUGCCCAAGAGAAAGGCUGAAGGAGAUACCAAGGGUGACAAGGCCAAAGCAAAGGAUGAGCCACAGCAGAGAUCAGCAAGGUUGUCUGCUAAACCUGCUCCUCCAAAGCCAGAACCUAAACCUAAAAAGGCAGCUCCAAAGAAGGGUGAGAAGGUACCUAAAGGGAAGAAGGGGAAAGCUGACGCAGGGAAGGAUGGAAACAAUCCUGCAGAAAAUGGAGAUGCCAAAACAGACAAGGCACAGAAAGCUGAAGGUGCUGGGGAUGCCAAGUGAAUUGUGUGAAUUUUUGAUAACUGUGUACUUCUGGUGACUGUACAGUUUGAAAUACUAUUUUUUAUCAAGUUUUAUAACAAUGCAGAAAUUUUUGUUUUACCUUUUUUUUAAAAGCUAUGUUGUUAGCACACAGAACUCUUUGUUGUUGUGUUUUGGGGGAAGGAGUGGGGACAAAUGCCAUUGACUCUGUUACUUAGAACCUGGACUUUUAAAAGUCCCGCUUAAAUUUUACAAGAGGGGGUCUACAUGGACACAAACAAGCGGAAUUCCCUGAUAUUGUUAAUCUUUGGUUUCUGAAAUGCUUGAGUGAUCAUUGAAAUUCCCCAAAAUGCCUGUGUCUGAGAAGAAGGUACAUUUAAAACUGUACUUAAACG